AUGGGCGUUGUUGGACUUGUCAUCUUUUGGGCGAAUGCAUUCGUGGCCUCCACCUACGGUAGCUAUGUCCAGACACAAGCCCUCACCGGCUACGGCUACUACCCAUAUGAUCCCCUGUGCGGAGCAGCAUGCCUCCGCUCUUUCCAGAGCUACACUCUAGGGUGUACGGAGAUGAGCGGCGGCGGCGACACGAUGGUGGGUAUGAUGCCGACGUCCCCAGAGUGCUACGGGAAGGACACGCCCUACCUGACCUCGGUGGCUUACUGCAUGAGCACCAAAUGUUCCCAGCCGGACAUCACGUUCUCGAAGCUGCAGUUGUUUUGGGAGGAGCAGAUCACCGGCCACCCCGAUAUCCCCCCCAAGUGGACCUACGAGCAGGCUCUUGCCCACGCCGACACCUCGCCGCCCAUGUAUCAGCUCACUAGCAAUGACACGAGUCUCAACACCACCUCCAUCGUCAACCCCAUGACUUAUCUUACCCAAUGGAAUGUUCUUUCUGCCGUCUACCGAGAGUCAGCCUUGGAGUCGGCAUACAGAGAUAGUAUUGCCAUUAUCGUCCUCGCGGUCGGCUUCCCGAUCGCACUUACAUGCCUCAGUUACUUCCCCUUUGUGCCUACCAUCCUGGACAAGGUCAGGCCGUACCUCGUCUGGCCGAGCACUAUUGGCACUUAUCAGGUCCAGCCUCUGCCCUACUUACUGGGCAACGCCCCGACAGUCGGUCAAGGCAUCUACAUCGCUGUCUUCCUCAUCGUCAACGUCAUCCUCUCCGCAAUCGAGUACGAGCCUCGACAGCCUAGUGCUUGGUUCGACACCCAGCGGCGGGAGGUGAUGGCCUACAUCCUCUACCGCUGCGGCGCCUUCGCCUUUGCCCUCUUUCCCGUCGUCAUUCUGUUCUCGUCGAGAAACAACGUCCUUCUCUGGCUGACCAACUGGUCUCACUCCACCUACCUCCUACUACACCGCUGGGUUGGCCGUCUGUUCGCCCUCUAUGCCAUCCUCCACUCCAUUCUCGGCCUGAUGGUCUACGCCGACGAGCAACAUACCGUGUGGUGGAUCUGGGGCGCCGUCGCAACCGUAGCGUCCGUCAUUCUCGCCGUCGGGAGCGGCCUGUACGUGCGCAAAGCCCACUACGAGCUGUUCCUGAUCUCGCACAUCCUGCUGACCGUCUUUACCCUCGUCGGAUGCUGGUACCACCUGAUCGGCUGGUACAACUCGAUGGGGCUGAACUGGCCCGAGCACCACGCCGGAGGUUUCGAAGUCUGGCUCUACUUCACCUGCGCGCUGUGGUUCUUUGACCGGCUCGCCCGCGUCUUCCGCGUCCUGCAGUUCGGCAUCCGCCGCGCCCGUGUCACCCAGCUCUGCGACGGCAUUCUGCGCGUCGACAUCCCGGGGGUGCGCAUGAGCGCGCAGCCAGGCACGCACGUUUAUGUGUAUUUCCCCACGGUGCUCCCUCUCCGGCCGUGGGAGAACCACCCCUUUUCCGUCAUCCCCACCGCCAUGCUCAACCCACCCUUGCACCUGACAACCUCUCAACCCGACUCCCUCCACAACGCCCCCAGCACCAACGACGACAACAACAACAACCACAACAACCACGAUCUAGAAGCCCAAAAACCCGCCGCCGCCACCACUACCACCGCCCCCAAAACCACCACCCCCAACCCAGAACCAAGCAUAACCCUCCUAAUCCGCACCUCCCCCCCCAACACCACCGGCAGCCUAACCACCCACCUCCACCCCACCCUCCUCGACGGGCCCUACCACUCCACGCCCCACACCCCAACCUUCCCCCUCACCGACCGCAUCCUCCUCAUCGCCGGCGGCAUCGGCAUCACCAGCCUGCUGCCCUGGGCUCUCUACUACGAGCCCCCUUAG